AUGUCUGAAGUUUAUUCGUUGGAGCCUAGUACUAGAGGUAGAAUUAUAAUCCAUACUACACUAGGUGAGUUGGAUAUUCGACUUUGGAGUACUCAAUGCCCAAAAGCAUGCAGAAAUUUUACUCAAUUAUGUUUAGAAGGUUAUUAUGUCGGAUGUAUUUUUCAUAGAUUGGUGAAAAACUUUCUAAUUCAAACAGGGGAUCCCACUGGAACGGGUACAGGCGGAGAAUCUGUUUACGGAAAGGGAUUUGAUAAUGAAUAUCAUCCUAGAUUAAGAUUCCGUUAUAGAGGGUUGGUUGGAAUGGCUAACGAUGGUACAAAAUCAUCGAAUAAAUCGCAAUUUUUCAUUACAUUAGACCGCGCAGAUUGUUUAAACGAUAAAUAUACCCUUUUUGGAAAAGUUGGAGGGCACACUUUAUACAAUCUUAUAAAAAUAGGCUCAAUUGAAAAUGAUAAAAAUGAUAGACCUUUAAAUCCGCCUAAAAUUGUUAGGGUUGAGGUUUUGGAAAAUGCAUUCAAUGACAUAGUUCCUAGGCUUUUAGUUAUGCAUGAUGAAUCUGAAAAUGAAGAAGAAGGGAGUGCAGUGGAACAGAAAGUAGCUAAGGCCUCAAGAAAUAAAGCAUUACUUUCAUUCGAUGACGAACCAAUGAUUGAGUUAAAUAAAAAGAAAAGGGUUGAUAACUCUAGGGAUUUACAUGCUGAAAAUGUUCAUAAUCCUGUUACAGAUGAACCUCUCACACAUAUUACAAUGAAUGAAAAUUUUGAACUAAAAGCCACUAUAAAUUCUCUUAAAGACGAGAUUCGGGGUAUAAUAUCGAAGGGCGAAAAAAAGGAGAAGAUUUGCACUCAAAAAUAUACUAAAAAUAAGCAUAGGGAUAAAGAAAAUACUAUGGAGAAAUUUGACAAAUUUGUUAAGAAACUUAAAUUUAUAUCUAAAACAGCAACUGAUAGAGAAUCAGAUGAUCCAAAUGAUAACUAUGCUGAUGGCUCUUGGCUUUGCGGAGAUGGCUUAGUGUUUUCGGUCGAUUCUAGUAGGGCGUACGAAUUGGAUGCUGCUAGAGAUACUUUGAAAAUCAUCGAUCCGUUGCAAUCUAGUGAUAAUAAAUUGGAGGAAAUUCGUAAAAUUAAAAAUCAGCGUCUUAAACCAUCAUUAGGGAGAGCUGGAGCUCUCGAAAAAUGGUAA